AUGCCUGCGGCUUCGAGGUGCUUUCAGAGUCAGUCUGAUUUCUUUUCUCCGUUCAAACAACUGAAUUCAAGGGGCAAACUGAAAUGGGGUUUAGGGCUUUUCUACAAAAUUAAUAAGAAUUUGCCUCUCCUUGCGUGUUUGAAGGUAAUGUUUUCUGUCAAAUUGGAGCCAAAAGAUCUUCAUCAAGAGGAGACAAAGAUGAGAACUAUCAUGAGCUUCAAGAAAAGAGAGUUGGCUAGUGAAUUACCUGAGCUAGAAAAUGUAACCAUUAAUGAAGAAUCCAUGAGCUUCAAGAGCAGGAAACUUGUAAAACUAAAUCUAGACUUUUCAACCAAUCAUCAACUUAUUAUGGAUAACAAAGCGAAAACAGGUCAUCAUCAUGAUCGGCUUGAUACAGCUGCAACCAAAUUGCAGAAGUUCCACAAGAGUUACCGAACUGAUUGUGCUGUGGUUAUAGAGGCGCUAAGGUGGAAGGAAAUGGAGUAUGCAGCUCUUAGGCGAAGUUCUGUGUCAUUCUUUACUGCUGAUCAUAAAUCAGAAACUGCUGUUUCCAAAUGGGAAAGGGCUAGGAUUAGGGCAGCCAAGAUUGGAAAAGGUUUGUCCAGGAAUGAAAAGGCUCAGAAAUUAGUUCUAAUUCACUGGCUUGAAGCUAUUGAUCCUCGCCAUCGUUAUGGUGGCAAUCUCCACCCUUAUUAUGAUGUCUGGAUGGAAAGUGAGAGCAACCAGCCUUUCUUCUACUGGUUGGACAUUGGAGAUGGCAAAGACGUCAGCACUGAGAAGUGCUCAAGGACUAAUUUACAGCUUCAAUGCAUCAAAUAUCUUGGACCUAAAGAGAGGGAAGCAUAUGAAGUGGUUAUGGAGAACGGGAAGCUUGUUUACAAACAAUCUAGGGUUUUCGUGGAUACGCCCAAAGGCUCUCAAUGGAUAUUUGUCCUCGGUACUUCAAUGGACUUUUACGUUGCGGAGAAGAAGAAAGGAUUCUUUCAGCACUCAAGUUUUCUGGCUGGGGGUACCACAAUGGCAUCUGGAAGAUUGGUUGCGCACAGUGGCAUCCUCGAGGCUAUAUGGCCAUUAAGCGGUCAUUAUCGUCCAACAGAAGAACAUUUCAAGGAAUUUUGCAACUUCUUAGAGGAUCAUAGUCUAGACUUGACAAAUGUCAAGAAAGUUUCAAUUGAUGAAGAUAUCCCUCCUAAAGUUACACAAGACAAGAAGCCAAUCAAAUCAGAAGAGCCUGCAGUAUUAACUCUUGAAUCCACUGACAAGCCAAAAGAGCAAGGAAAUGAACUGAAAAAAGAAGAAGAAUCCAUGAAAGUGCAGGAAGAAUCAGCGGCAGGCUUAGAGGAAUCCAUUAAGAAGCCGUUAUUGUUACAAAAAUGGAGCAAAGGAGGAGGUCCAAAAGAGCUUCAGCAUCAUGGAGUUGAACAAGUUCUCAAUUUGUCUCCAAGACCAGUGAAGUCUGCAAGACCAUUUGUGAUCAGCUGUGGUCUUGUUGCUUCCCCAAGACCUGGUUCAAAGAUUCAAUUCCCUCCAAGUACACUUGCAUGCUUAGGACUCCCAAAUCCAAUUCAUUUUUCUAAUUCUAAAGUAAUUAGGGAAGUAAUUAGGGCUGAUUAG